AUGUCCAUGUCCAUGUCCAUGUCCGAACCUGCUUAUAGAUCUGAUACUGAUAAUGUUAAUGAUGAAUUAACAAUUGAAGAAGAAAUUGGUGGUUCUGGGGUUGAAUUCGAAAAACUAUUAUCGUUAUUUUCUUCAAAGGAUAACAAUACAGUUUCUGUAGAUUCAAUCCUUGAAUCCCGUGAUAAUUGGGAUGCGCUUCUUAACAUUGGUUUCUUUUGUAAGAUGAUCAUAAACCCACCUGAAAACCUUUCUCACCUCGAUCAGUUUAAGUAUUUCAAUUGGGCUAUUUCUAGAGAUGAUUUCCAGAUCAAUGAUUCAUUGUUAGAUGGUAUUGCCAAUAUUUUAACAAAACCCGUUUUAACAACACCAAAACUGUGGCCUGAAACUGAUAAACAAUGGUUGCAUCUCUCAUGGAAUCUUGUCAAAAGCGGCGGUGGUGGCGGCGGCGGUGUUGUUACUAAAUUGCGCAACAAAUUGAUUAAAAACCUCGGCGAGGAGGAUAGCAACAUCCACGGUAUUGUUACUACUAGAAUCCUCAACAAAUUGAUAAACGCAUUUGGGUAUUUUGGAGAUCAUAAAUCUGGAAUUGAGAUACUGAACAAGUUUCCUGAUUUUAGGUGCAACCCAGAUUUGAAUACCUAUUCAGGUGUUGUAUAUUGUGCUUGGGGAUGUAAAUCUGAAGACUGGGAAUUAGAAUUUUGCCAGAAAAUGGUUAAGUAUUUACAGGAAAAUGACAGUAAUGUUGAUAAUGAGAGUGUUUCUUGGAUCAUAAACCUGUACUGCAAAAUCGAUAAGCCUAAACUGGGUCAUGCAAUUUAUGAAGCUGCUAAAAAGAAAACUCCUGCAAAUUCUGUUCAUCAAUUGAUACAUUGUCUUUCAAAACACGAUGAAACUUUAUGCUUAGCUCACAAUAUGCUAGCUGGUUUAGAUUCUUCAGCCCGUGAAAACGCAACUUCAGGACUUGCCAUAAGGAUGUUAAUGGCAGGCCCGACUCCUGAGGUCAAAGCCUUUAACCAUGUCAUCAAAUGUUUAUGUUCAACUGGAAAUAUGGAACGUGCAUAG